UAGCCACAUGCAAUUUCAAUCCCCCAUCUAAUUAGAAAUUAGAAUCAUGAAAUUUUCCCACAAAUUCACCGACAAGUCUGAUUUGGACUCUGUUAAGUUCCACGGCGGCCGUCCGGUCCUCAGAUUCGCUCUCUUUCUUACCAUCUUCUUCUCUGCUUCUUACGUCUUCUACACUCUAAAAAUAAUCUCCUCUUCUCAUUCCUGCCACGGCGACGAUCUCCACCCGUCGUUAUCAUCAUCCUCCUCCACCGCCAACCGCCGUCACCUCGGCCACCGGAUCGCGGCUCAGAGUCAGAACACUCAAGAAAAGACCGAAAUGAAACAUGUAGUGUUUGGCAUUGCGGCGUCGGCGUCUCUCUGGGAUAGCAGGAAGGAAUUUAUAAAGCUAUGGUGGCGACCGGAGAACGGAAUGCGGGGAUUCGUUUGGAUUGACAGACCCGUCAAGACUAAUCCAAUAGAUAAACUACCCCCAGUUCUUAUCUCCGGCAACACGUCGGAAUUUCCUUAUACAAACAAUCAAGGUGACAGAUCGGCUAUUCGGAUAUCGAGGAUCGUGUCGGAAACGGUGAAACGGGGGUUGAAGAAUGUGCGAUGGCUCGUGAUGGGGGAUGAUGACACGGUGUUUAUCACUGAGAACCUAGUUAGGGUUCUUUCGAAAUACGAUCAUAGAGGGUAUUAUUACAUCGGAAGCUCGUCGGAGAGUCAUCUGCAAAACAUAUACUUUUCAUAUGGGAUGGCGUACGGAGGUGGGGGGUUUGCGAUUAGCUACCCGUUGGCGGUGGCGAUUGAGAAAAUGCAGGGCAGAUGUUUACAUAGGUAUCCGGAUCUUUACGGGUCGGAUGAUCGGAUUCAUGCCUGUAUGUCUGAACUCGGUGUUCCACUCACCAAAGAACCCGGUUUUCACCAGUUCGAUAUAUACGGAAACUUGUUUGGUCUUCUAGCUGCGCACCCUGUGGCGCCAUUAGUGUCCUUACACCACCUAGACAUAUUGGAGCCAAUUUUUCCAAAUAUGACCCGUCUUCAAUCGCUAAAGCAUCUUCUAACGGCUCCGAAUCAGCUGGAUUCAGCGGCACUGAUUCAACAUUCCAUUUGUUACGAAACCAAAAAGAAGUGGACAAUCUCGAUAUCGUGGGGAUUUGCUGUUCAAGUAAUUCGCGGGAUUGUUCCAGCAAAGGAUAUGGAAAGGCCUUCUAGGACUUUCUUGAAUUGGUAUAAGAAGGCUGAUUACAAAGCAUAUGCUUUCAAUACUCGGCCAGUGAAUAGGAACAUGUGUCAAAAGGCAUUCAUUUUCUUCUUGUCAAAUGCUAAACUACUAGAAUCUACAUCCAAUUUAACGGUCAGCAAAUAUGAACAGCAUCAUCAGAUUCUUCAUCAAGAAUGUAGGUGGAAGAUGCCUGAUCCUGCUAAACUCAAGGAAGUGUUGGUUUACAAGCAAUCUGAUCCACAUUUGUGGGAAAGAUCUCCUAGGAGAAAUUGCUGUAGAGUCGCGGAAUCUAGGACAAAAGACCUGGUUUUGGAAGUUGGUGUGUGUAAAGAAGGGGAGGUUGCCGAAGCAUAAUCGUUUAAAUUAGUUUUGAUUAUUCA